AUGGGGUGCCUGCAGAGCGUGGCCUGCAAGGCGCGGGUGCGCCGCGAGCAGAUCGUGGUGUCGGACGUGUCGGCCACCAUCGAGCCGGCGGCCACGGCCAUCGAGGAGAGCUCGCCGGUGGUGCUGCGGUACCGCACGCCCUAUUUCCGCGCCUCCGCCCGCGUCCUCAUGCCGCCCAUCGCCCGCCGGCACACCUGGGUGGUGGGCUGGAUCCAGGCCUGCAACCACAUGGAGUUCUACAACACCUACAGCGACCUGGGCGUGUCGAGCUGGGAGCUGCCCGACCUGCGGGAAGGACGGGUGAAAGCCAUCAGCGACUCGGAUGGGGUGAGCUACCCCUGGUACGGAAACACCACCGAAACCGUGACCCUGGUGGGGCCCACCAACAAGAUCUCCAGGUUCUCGGUGAGCAUGAACGACAACUUCUACCCCAGCGUGACGUGGGCCGUGCCCGUGAGCAACAGCAACGUGCCGCUGCUGACCAGGAUUAAGAGGGACCAGAGCUUCACCACGUGGCUCGUGGCCAUGAACACCACCACCAAGGAGAAGAUCAUCCUGCAGACCAUCAAGUGGAGGAUGCGCGUGGACAUUGAGGUGGACCCCAUGCAGCUGCUGGGGCAGCGGGCGCGGCUGGUGGGCAGGACUCAGCAGGAGCAGCCGCGGAUCCUCAGCAGGAUGGAGCCCAUCCCGCCCAACGCGCUCGUCAAGCCCAACGCCAACGACGCCCAGGUGCUCAUGUGGAGACCCAAGCGAGGGCAGCCCAUCGUGGUGAUACCCCCCAAGUAGGGCGGGCAGCCGAGCCGCCCACGGACGGGGCUGCCCGGCCAAAGCUCCCCUCUGGGCUCUCCUGCCUUUCUUGUUGUGCUUGGAAACGUGGCUCCUCCUCGGGCACAAGUAGAGCCUGGCUGGCACGAGGGCGCAGAGGAGGGUUUGCUGAGCUGGAGGGUUUCCCGGGAAGCGGAACGGAGUGCUUGCAGCUGGCACCAAGGACUCGUCUUUCCUUGUGGGGCAGCACGAGUGUGGUUGAACCGUGCCCGUGGCAGAUGCUGCUUCCCACGCAGCCAGAGGGAGAAGCAGAGGCUGUUCCUGUCCCCGUGUCCCUGCCGUGUCCGUAGCUAUGCAUUUCAGAUCCGUGAUCAUCCCCCACCGUGCCCGCCCGCCUCCCGCAGUGGGGUGGGACCGGGCGGUGCUGGGGGCGGGCAGAGCCCGGUGGCACCGCCCGGGAGGGGUUUCUGCAGCCCGGGGGCAGCGGGACACGUUUUGCAUGCGUCUGGGUGUGUUUGGAGUAGUUGUGAGUGUAGGAGAUGCCAUAGCUCUUUUCCGUCUUGGGGUGAGGUGUAAGGGCAGGUUAGAUGUCCUUUAGUUGUGAGGUGCACUAAGUCUUUGCAUCCCUCGGCCUCCCUUCUCUUUGGGGAGCAGGAGGGUUGUCAGCCCAGUCCGGGUGGGAAUGGGGGCAGUGCCAUUCUCCCAGCCCGGGUGCUCUGGGUGUGUGGGGGGCCCAGAGCAGCCCAGAGGCACCCCUGGACUCGCUUUGCUUCACUGCAGACCCCCUCCCUUGCUAGAAGUUGGGUGCUCGCUCGUUUUCCACGCAGAUGCUGCCCCACGUGGAGGCCUCUCCCAGCCACCCCUGGAGCAGGGUGGCUGCUGGCUGGGCCGCCAGGGCACGCUUUGUGGUGCCUGCCCAAGCCCUGUGUGAG